AUGAGAGACAGUCCGAAGACUACUCCCAGCACCCAGCGCUUUCUCAGUAACCGCCGUAGCACCAUCAUAGCAUGGCUUUCUUGGGGAGCAUGUGGUGAUGAGAGGUAUGCCAUGCAGAGGAGACACAGCAGCAACACGGAUGGCAUGCCCUCUGAAAGGAGUCGAAGCCAAACUCUCGGAUCAGAAAGCAGCCUGGAUGAGGGUGGUGUGUUUGACUGCCUGAAGCCCGACUCACCCUCUUCACCCCAGCAGAUCUUCUCCGGCCUGGUGGGUGUCCCGUCUAGCUCUGUCUCCUCUGCCCAAUUCCAGGCAGCUGGUUUAGUCCUGGGCUCCCCCCCUGAAGUUUUUAUCCAGAUGACUGCAUCGUCCAGAGAAGAAGGGGGCCCCCACCGCACAGAGGGUGGACCUUUUCUCCCUCGGCCGCCCCAGCACCACCAUCAUCACCACCACCACCUUCACCACCACCCCCUGCAGCACAGGACCUCCUCUCUGCUCCAGCAGGCCACCACAGCCGCCAGCUCGGAGAGGCACAGCUCCAGGGAGGAGGCCCAGGAAGACCCGUCCACCCCGGCCCCGGCCCUGUCUGAGCUGAAGGCGGUAGUCACAUGGCUGCAGAGGGGCUUCCCCUUCAUCCUCAUUCUGCUGGCUAAAGUUUGCUUUCAGCAUAAGCUAGGUAUUGCUGUGUGUUUGGGCAUGGCCAGCACAUUCGCCUAUGCCAAUUCUACGUUCAGACACCAAGUGUCAUUACGGGAGGAACGUUCUGUAUUUGUUGCUCUAUGGAUCGUCAUAUUCCUUGCAGGGAAUAUAGUGUAUAUCUACUACACAUUUAGUCAUGAGGAGUUGCACAACAGCCUCAUAUUUUCCAAGCCCAACCUUAACAGCUUUGACUUCUUUGACCUGAUCUGGGCAGUGGGAAUCACUGACUUUGUCCUUAAGUAUUUCACCAUCGGCCUGAAAUGCUUUGUCCUCUUUUUGCCCAAGAUUCUCCUGGCCUUUAAAUCCAGGGGUAAAUUCUACCUGCUGAUCGAGGAGCUGAGCCAACUGUUUCGGGCCCUGGUACCCAUCCAGCUGUGGUACAAGUACAUCAUGGGAGAGGACCCCUCUAACAGUUACUUCCUGGGAGCCACACUUAUCAUCAUCUACAGCCUUUGCAAGUCCUUUGACAUCUGUGGACGUGUGUCUGCCAUACGUAAGGCCUUGGUCAUGCUCUGCAGCUCCCAGAUUUACGGAGUGAGGGCAGGCAGUCAGCAGUGCAGCGAGGUGGGCGAUGUCUGUGCCAUUUGUCAGACUGAUUUUAGAGACCCCAUAGCCCUUCUCUGUCAGCACGUUUUCUGCGAAGAGUGCCUGUGUUUGUGGUUCGACAGGGAGAGAACGUGUCCGCUGUGCCGCUCUACUGUCAUUGAGACCCUGCGAUGCUGGAAGGACGGCACAACCUCGGCUCACUUCCAAAUCUACUGAGCUCUGACAACAUAUCAUAUGCAAAAGGAAAGAUGUGAUUGUGCUGUAAAGCGAGUUAGACAAUGGUGUGUAUUGUUUUUUUUUUUUUUUUCAGUUUAUCUUAGCGUGCUGACUCUUUAAAUCAGGGUAGGCGUGAAGUAUCAAGUAACACACAAUAGUUAGGGGACUUUCUUUGUAGAGGUAGAACACAUUAUUUCCAGUACAGACAAGUUGAACAUAAUGUGAAACCAAAUUAUCAACAUGAUAUCACUGACAAGACACAUGUCUUGUCAUACAGUUAUGGCAUCAAUCACGUUUCUAGACUUCGACAUUGUUGUUAACUGUGAACAUUUUAUUUUACACUAAACAGAUGAUAAAAGAAUGUUACUUUGAUUGUGUGGUGAUAAUGUAAAUAGUCACAACAUUCACACUAUCUGUGGUACAUUUGGCACAUGUUUCUGUAUUCUUCAUGAUGUUAUCAUGUCUGUACUGUAUAUUGUCUAUAUUAAUAUUUUUUAAUUCUUUAAUUGGUAUUUAACAUACGUUAUUGUUGGUAUUUAGUUUUAAGCUUUGCAAUAUUUAUUUCAAAAUGGGAUAUUGUCCCAUACAAUGUCACAGAACGAUUAGAAGUAGAAAAUCAGCACAAACAUUUGUGCUGUCUGUAGGUUAAAAAAAGUUAUUGGUUAGUAAAUGGUAAGGUUAUUUAGAUAUUAAGUAAUGAAAGUAAGGUGAAGAGUUUUAAUUACUGACUGUAAACAGUACACAGUGUAAUUCGUAACAUUUUGUAGAUUUGUGUGUGGUGCAUUUUCACUGACAGUUGGAGCUCAUAUCAUGAUAAUCAACCAUGUUGCAAACUUCCUUUCAUUGUUAUUUACCAAGAACAUUGUUAAUAUGAAUAAUUUAUUUUAGAAUAAUUCAUUCCUGGGUUGCAUAAUAGAUGUUUGAGUCUAGUGCAGAGGUUUUCAGUUUGAAA